AUGACGUUUGUAUCAGCGUUGGUGUUUGUCGCGUUUGGGCUAUGUGUGGUAUACACUGUAUUCGGAUGUUCUUGUAUUCCCUACCCUAUGCAUCGGCAGAAGUUGUACUGUGAAAACGACAUCGUUUUUAUUGGAAAAAUCAAAAAGGUAUUCCCUCCUGCUUCAAUGGGUGAUGACUUGGUAUAUCGCGUGAGAGUGAAAAGAAUUUUCAAAGGAUCCUGCAAAGAUGUAAUAAUGGUGAAUACCCCCGCCAGUGACUCGCUGUGUGGCAUCACUAAUCUUGUGAAGGGUGAACAAUACCUCAUCACUGCUAAAGGCAACAAAGGCACAUACCGAAUAUCGCUUUGCCAGAGCCUCAUUUUAAAGAAGGACUCCGUAACAAAUAAAGUGAAACGAAUGUACAACUCCAAGCGACCAAAAAGUUUCCCGGGCUUGGACGAAAGAAACUGUAAUUGCACGAUCAAGUACUGUGGGGAGACUAAGGAAGAAUGUGGAACAGUAUUGCCUAAAACAUGUGUGUACUAUGGCGGUAAUAGUAACAUCCAAUGUUACAACAAACUACGAUGUAUUCCAUCCUCCUCUGGAAACUCGUGUAGGUGGUCUGCCUUCAAUUGUGGAGGUCCCGGUGGCAUCAUCACGUCCGGCUAA